AUGUGGAUAGAAUCACCGGCUGUUCGCGGCCCCCAGCUUCUGGGAUCGCUGCUCCUGGCCAUCACACUUCCCCAUGCCUUCACCGUCCAGGCGGCUGCCAUCCAAGAAGUCAUCUUUCAAAAAGAUGCGCCAGGACAUCUCGGUGGCGUCGCCAGCGAGAGCAGAGAAUGCAGCGCCAUAGGCAGAGAUUUGCUGGCGCGAGGGGGUAAUGCCGUCGACGCAUUGGUCGGCACGACGUUCUGUGUCGGCGUCAUUGGCAUGUAUCACUCCGGUAUUGGUGGUGGAGGCUUUGCGAUGGUCCGCGAUGCCAACGGCGAGUAUGAAGCCAUCGACUUCAGAGAAGCUGCGCCAGCCGCGGCCUUUGAGGACAUGUACAAGAACAACGCCAGCGCCAGCGUUCGCGGUGGUCUCGCUGUCGGCGUUCCCAGCGAGGUCAAAGGGCUCGAGUACAUGCACACAAAGUACGGCGUCCUCCCCUGGAAGACGGUCAUGCAGGGCGCCAUUCAUGUGGCUCGCAAUGGAUUCCGAGUUUCCAGCGAUCUUGUCCGGUAUAUGGGCAGCACGUUCAAGGCGGACGGAGAGACUUUUCUCACGAAAGACCCCAACUGGGCUACAGACUUUGCCCCUGAUGGGGAUUUGGUCAAAGAAGGUGCCUGGAUGACGCGGAAACGCUACGCAGAUACUCUUGAGAAGGUUUCCGAGCAUGGUUCUAGAAUAUUUUAUUCUGGAGAACUAGCCGAGACGAUUGUCGACUAUGUCCAGCGUACUGGCGGGACAAUGACCCUCGAGGACAUGGCAAACUACAAAGUCAUCGUCCGCCCCGUCCACAAUGUUACUUAUCGAGGCCUCACGCUCCAUGGUAUGGGUUCCCCUUCUGGUGGUGCCGUCAGUCUCCAGAUUCUCAAGAUCAUGGAGCGGUACGACUCGGAAGACUGGUCCGAUCAGGAUUUGACCCGCCAUCGCCUCACCGAAGCCAUGCGCUUCGCGUACGCCGCUCGAAUCAGCCUCGGCGACCCAGAGUUUGUGGAUAGCGACGUGGAGGGCUUUGAGAAGGAGAUGCUGGACCCGAAGAACAUCGAUGCUAUUUAUGAGAGGAUUUGGGACAAUCAAACACAUCCCAUCAAGUACUACAACCCUGAGGAUUUCUAUGUUCCUGAGAACCAUGGUACCUCGCACAUUGUGGCUGCCGACAAGUCUGGGAUGGCCAUUUCCUUGACGACAACCGUCAACCUCCUUUUCGGGGCCCAAAUCGUCGAGCCUAAAACCGGCAUCAUCCUGAACAAUGAAAUGAACGACUUCUCCAUCCCCGGCGUCAGCAAUGAAUUCGGCUUCGCCCCCUCCGUAGCAAACUACAUCCGCCCUGGCAAGCGCCCUCUCUCCUCCAUCACCCCCAUCAUCGCCGCCUUCCCCAACGGCACCCUCUACGCCGCCAUCGGUGCCGCAGGCGGCUCCCGCAUUAUUUCUGCCACAGCCCAGGUCCUAUGGCACGUCCUCGACGACCACGAUGCCACCCUGGCAGGGGCUCUACAGAGGCCGCGUCUCCACGACCAACUCAUGCCAAAUACUGUCUUGCUGGAAGAAAUGUUUGAUGACGAAGUGGCUUUGGGAUUGGAGAAGAGAGGCCAUAACGUGACGUGGGUUCGAUCGGGCUUGAGCUCCGUACAGGCUGUGAGGAGAUUCACCGACGGCGUCUUUGAGGCGGCGAGCGAGCCGAGACAGAAGAACAGCGCAGGAUACACACUAUAG